GCACGGUCGCUCGCCGUGUGGCUUAGUCGUUCGCUAACCACGGUAGGGGUACGUCGCGCCGCGUGAUUUUUUCCCAUCGAUCGGCAUCACAUGUAAAGAAAGAUGGACGUGCUUCCGAGCGGUAACUUGUUCCGCGAACUGCAAGAUGUCACCGACACGGGGUACUUCGAGUGGAAGCUGUCGCUGGAGGACUACUGGCAACAGAAAUUUGAAGAAAUGGAGUUUUCAUUUCGCCCCAUAUCCACGUCGCCAAUUUGUAACGAAAGUAACGACUAUAAGAUCGAUACAUGUUACGAGAUGGAGAGGUAUUUGCGAGAGGAGCCAAACAAGCGUCGCGAACCUGGCCAGGAGGAGGAGUGGGCUCGGCCUCCCACACCGCCCUCCCCGCCAGAGGUCAAGCCGUCGUUGUCUCCUCUGCCAAUACUUACCAAGGCUCCGAGCACUACUACCACCACGCACUUCACUUUCUUCACCACUGUGAAGUGUGAGCCACCGAGCGACUCCGAGGAGCCCAUGCGGGAGCAAACUCCCAGCCCGGUGCCGGUGCAGCUGCUGGUACCUCGCAAGGUGCAAGUGACCAGGCAUCACGGUCAUACUCACACCACCGACCCUCGCCGUCGCGUGCACCGCUGCGAGUUUCCAUCUUGCGACAAGGUCUACACCAAGAGCUCUCAUCUGAAGGCGCACAAGCGCACUCAUACUGGCGAGAAGCCGUACAAGUGCUCCUGGGAGGGCUGCGAGUGGCGUUUCGCCCGGUCUGAUGAGCUGACGCGGCACUACCGCAAGCACACUGGCGCCAAGCCCUUCCGCUGCCGCCACUGCGAGCGCUGCUUCUCUCGCUCCGACCACCUGGCGCUGCACGCCAAGCGUCACGCGUAGCCCGCGGCCCCCGUCGUCCGCGCGCCGCCACGGAAACGCAAAUAAACCGCGCGCGCAUUUUUUAUUAUUUACAAGUUAUUUUUAGUGGUUCCGUUUAUAGGUUGUCGUGAGUUGUGAACACGGAAUUGAUUGUGAUGCGCGCUGCUCCAUACAGCGUCAAGCCAAAGAAUGCCGCUACAUCGUAGCCGAGUCAACACUCAUUGCACCUAAUGCUUUAAGGUUAUUUUUUUAAGUUUAUCGAGUUUUUAUUCGGGAAAAAUCUCUUUAAUGUUUCGGCAAUUAUCGUUACGGUUCUUUGUUGCUAAGAGUUCGAUUUAUAGCCGUUGUGUAUUAUGUAAUUUUGUGAGCUUUGUGUAUUAUGGCGUCGUCGCCUAGCGAUAGCGCGUGUGUGCCAUGAGUGGGGGGCGCGCGUCCCCCCACAUGCAUUUCAUUUGCGGUCAUAUUAUUUAUUGGGGAGUUCGGCUAAUGAUCCCACCGACGCCGAGCACGACCUUUAUUAUUUUAGGCUUAGUGCGUCGCGUUACCUGAUGUCAGUCGGCGGCGCGAACCACUCGACGGCCGCACUGCGAGCACGCAGCCCAGAGUCAGCACCGCUCGCACGCUCGGUUCGCUCGACUGGUUCGCGGCUCCGGCGCAGAUUCGUGUUUAUUUUGUAUAAUUCGUAUUAUAUUCAUUAGGUUAAGCUUUCUCUUUAUUCUUUCAUUCCGAUAUUUUGCGGUUAGCUGGCCUUUAUUUCGUUAGUAGUGCGAAUUAUUAUUGUGCACACUAUUUGAUUUCGGUGUGCCGGUACACACAUAGCGUCGAGUAACAAUUUUAGCCUGUAGGGAGGAUAACAUCUAUAGUACAUAUUCUUUUUAUUUUUUAAAAAGACGCUACGUGUGUAGGGCCUUGUUGAUUCUGGAGGAGACGAGUGCAUUCGGCUGCGAGUUACGUGUGUUCAGUCUUGAUCUCAGUAAUAUCCAAGAACAGCACUUAUUGACUCGCAGCCGAGGCAUCUCGCCGCCGGUCGGAACACAGUCGCUAUUAUUUAAGUCCAUAAUGAAUAUUUAAAGACUGGUCUCGGACACUACGUCCAUCACUAUACCAGCCUACGCCCUAGUAGCACAGCACACUCGCGACAAACUUCCUCAUCUUGUAAAGUUGUGUCACCCACCGAGGGUGCUACGCUACUACGGUAUCUAUAACCACCACCAUAAAUCGUAUCUUUAUAUUUGAACAAGUAUUUUUCAUUAUAUUUUUUAUUAAAUUAUUAAACUUUAAGUAAGUCAUGUAAUCAUCACAAUGAAGUAAAUUAAGUUACCAGAAGCACUUUUUACUGGACUCAACGACACACAGCAUUAAUAGACAUCUCUGCCGAGUCACUAACACAAGUUGUGAAAGUAAGGAGACUGCUAAGUGGGGGGUAAGAGUGACCAACGACUGUAUACUAUAUUGAACUGCCAUUGAGAUCCUGCGCAGUGUCGUUGACAUGUCAGUAACUGUGCAUUUUACUUACAUACCUCCCGGGGCCAAUUAUUUAGUCUUCCCUUUCGAUAAGUUCUACAAGCAACAGUAUACUGUGCAUCAUUGCGGAGCGACACGCGCACGACACGACACCACAAUGAUCAUUAAAUAUUAAUAAAUUAUAAGACAAUACCAAUUGUAAUAUAGUCAAACUUUAAAUCUAACACGACUGAAUUAAAGAAAUAAUAAAACUUUGAGAGAGAAUAAACAAAUAGAUCUGAUAUCUGAUACUUUUGGUUUUGGUUGGAUUAUAAAUAGAAUGAUAAAUAAAAUGUAGUUGUGAUGCAUCACGCUUAUGGUUGCGAACAAAAUUAGCUUAAGAUUUGUGAUGAGCCUUAUUUUACUGAUUUACAUGAUAUUUGAAUUAAGAAAACUAUUGGUUCGGUCAGUGCGCGUGUGCUCUGUAACUCACAAACAUGUUCCCAUGUCAUACAUUUGCACUUUUACACAGUACGAUAUACAAAUCGUCCAAAGACUUCGAGGUGAGGAGAGAAAAUACUGAAUCGGCCAUAAAGAGAUAACUACACUUCUCGUUACUCCCUGAAUAACGUUAUUCCUUGUAUUUUGAAUCGUUAUUCCGUAGCGGUACGAGCAGCAUUUCUCAAUAUUCUCAUAUUUGCAUCCGUCAAACUUCAGUGCGUUUAGCCACUCUUAGUUCAUGAUGCCAUCUUUAAACGAUGAUAUGAACUUUGCCUUGGCUUUCAAAACUCAUAAUAGAGCGUCUUCACUAAAACGAUAUUUCCAAAUUUAAUAAGCGAAUCUCUCAUCCACUCUUUGAGUCUGAGGACAUGCUGUAUAUCGUGGUCCCAUGUACUUGUACAGUCACGGUUAAAACAUAUUCGUCAUUAGUUCUCUUUUUAAAAUAUAUUAGGUAGGUACAUGUAUAGUGUUUAAGUACACGAUGCCUCCAGAAAUGCAAACAAACCACUCUUUAAGUGUGAUACAGUUAGGAAGGGACAUAAGAACUAAUUGUUGUGAAUAUAAAGGCUAGUUGGGCAGUGUAAUAAAAUAUAUUAAUCCUUAAAAUUGGUGUCUAAAUACAAAAUAAAAAAAAAUAAAAACCAAAAAAAAAUAACAUGAUGAAGAACUUUGUACUGUGACUGUACUUUUAUUUUUUAUCAAAACAAAAUUAUUAAUUAUAUUAUAAUUAUAUACACGUGUUAUUUUUGGCAAUAUUACAAAGUUUAUUCGGAAAAAUCUCAAUCACAUAAUUAUUUUUAUUUAUAUUUUUCGUUGAAAGUUAAAAAGUUAAUAUUUUAUAAUUUUCGCAUCGUUUGUCAACUGUCAAAAUGGUUAUUAUUAAAAACGUCAUUACUGUUUUGUUUUGACAGUGGACAAUAACCGAAUUACGUGUUCAAUAGCGAUAAUAAAGGAAAUAAUUCCAGUCAAUUUCAACGAAAUAAAUUGUUGUAUCCAGAGAAAUUAAUCUUUGUAUUCAGCUCGAACAUUGAUCUAACAAUCUAAUCGAAAUAGAAAUAAAUUUUCAGAACUAAAAUAAAAUAAUUUUAAACUAUAAAAAUCCCAAAACCAUCUCUAAUUAUAAAGCCACAUCAAGUAUCUGGUUUCAAUUGACUCACUCACUAAAUUGAUAGACAUAAGAACUGUCAGUUGCUUUAAAAAAAUUGCUAUUGAGUACACGUAAUUGACAAUGCACGGGCAUAUACAGGGGGUUAAGAUGCAGGUAAGGCCCCAGUCUCUCGACGGGGCUUAGGUAAACAGUAAGUAAAGUGCUUUGAAUCAUCCGUGUGUGCUUGGGUUGAACCUGUGUACGCCCUUAGCUAGCUUCACAUCCAGCUAGAAGCACUGUGUUACCUAACACAAGUUAAGGGUUAGGCUAUAUACGUAAAUUCAAGUGUUAGCUGUACGAAUUUAGCUUAUUAAAUCAUACAUAACCACCUAAACUAAUUAUUCAUUCUGCAUUUUUCUAGAUCGAUGUAUAAGUGUAACAACAGUGAAAUCAUAGAUUUAAGAAACAAAAAAGUAAAAAAAAAUUAAUGUGAUUCAUAAAUUUAUUAUACUUUACGAUAACAUUAUAAACAUGUAUGUUAUAUAGGUAUAAAUACCGCUUGAUGGUUUUUGUGUACUAGUGUAAUAUGCACGAUGGCUGGUAAAUGCAUAUACCUAUUCUGUAGUUUCGUAGAGAACAUUAUACUACUUAUACCUAUUCGUAAUGAAAUACCCGCUGACCACCAGUCUAAUGUUCGUAUUACUAAUUCACGACUAAUGUACCGUACCGGAGUCUAUCUUUUGAAUCGACAAUGAAUUAUUCCAACUCUAUCGAUUAACAAUUGCCUGCUGCAAUUUUCCUCUAUCCAGUAGACAAACUGACCUCGGUCGUAACGUGAGGCCUGCGUACGAACUUGUUUUACGUUUAAAAUAUUCGUAACGAGACCGCCGCUUCUGCGCUCUGAUUGGUUGGUUCAUUUAAGCCGGCCAAUGAGAGAGCUGCACGCGUACUCUCUUCGAUUACUUUGAAUGUAACAUAAAUACGUACUAAGGCCUCAGUUUCGUUCAUGAGAUUCGAUAAAAUAGCACCACUCUGUCAGCGGGUACCAUAGAAUCGAUUCGAGAUUCCAUAUAAAUGUCAAACUAUGUCAUAAUCGUAUUAGAAAACGUAAUAUAUAACGAAAUAUACAUUCGUCUAAUAUAUACUUAUAAUAUUAUAUGAAAUAGAGAAUUUUUCGUCAUUCAAGAUACGCGGCUGUGUUAGAAUCAACUCUUUUAAUAAAUUUUCGAUUCCACCGUCUCGGGAAGCGUUUACAAAUAUGAUUAAAAUAGUUUUUAAGUCUCCCUGUCCCGAGUAAUAUUUUAAGGCCGAUUUAACAAUUAAUUAGCAAAUUAAAUCUCAGUCUUGUGCAAGAAAUUAACUUUGUGUCGGUCCUAAAUGUGAGGCAAAAUUGGUCAACCAUUUUCGGAAAGGUAUACUAAAUUAUAAGACUGUCCACUGUCUAGUUCCUUCCAUCUAGAAAAGUACCAUUUAGUAUUCGCCCAUUGUUUUCAACUAACUGAACAACGUAUCAACAUUAAAAGAAUGAGCUUUGUAAACAAAGACGCACAAUUUUAUUAUUAUUAAGUAAAUCAAGGCACUUAUAAAGUUAAUCUCUUGCCAAUAUAAUAUUUCAUUGUUUCACGCGGUAAAAGCCUUGUCACUUGAUUCUAAACUUUGAAGUAAAAAGAACAAUGUAUAUUUUAGCUCAUGACCUUGCCAAACUUGUUCCCUGACACCUGAGUUGAACUUGAUCUGCGUAAACUAUUAUUUAACACCUACAUAAAAUUUGCGCUGUAUUGGGAGCUAGGUAGUGACCUAAUUUUGAAAGUUUUCCAUCUGAAGAUCCUUGUGAAUCCUUAGUUGGAUAUAAGGUCACUUAGAUUGGGUCAGGAUCCGGAAAUCAAUAAUGAAGGGGACUUUUAUGCGCGGGGGAAUUGAAACCUUGACGGUAGCGCCAAAUACCGGAAUAAUUACGAACUAAAACUGGGACAAAAGUAUUAAUAACUUGGUAAUUAGUGUGUGUCAUGUAUGAUUUAAAAAUGUCAGGUGUAAGGUGUAAGCCGCGUGUUUUGUUAUAGGUUUUGGCUGAACAGAGCCUUUAUUAGAUAUUUUGUAUCGUUUUUUUUAAUUAAUUCUUUUGAUACUAUACUGCUUUGUUACAUUCCAUGGAUUCCCGAUUCGGCUGGUUCUUUUAAAUAUCAUAUAUUGUAAGAUUUUUGAUAACUUCUAACCGGCUGUUGAUUAAAUAUUUUUAAUAAAAAAAAA